GAGUCAGACAGGAAACUGUGUGUCAGUAAGCAGAAAGACUGGCAGACAGAUAGACAACAUGUCUGAGUUCAGUGUGUCGGGCCUGCUCUCGGCUCUGGUCCUCUUUUCGCUCCUCACUCUGCGGGAUGUUUAUCUCUGCAGGUCGGGCCCUCAGCAGGACGGAAGCACCGAUCUCUACUCAGACUCAGAGCCGGACUCAGAGCCCCGCAUCCCCGCUGAGCAGCCGCUCUACUCCGGGCCAAGCCUCAGGUUCCAGUACUGUAUCUCCUGAGGAUACAGUAAAGUGUUCCAGGAUUACUCCCGGGCCAUCAGCCAGCUUUACCCUGACAUCACAAUCCUCGGAGAGAACUACCCCCCACCCCCCUUCAACAGGUUUGUAGGUACCCUGGUCUCGUACCUGAAGCUGGUCUCCCUGCUGCUGAUCCUCAGCGGUCAGAACCCAUUUCUGUUCCUCGGCCUCGACACCCCCAGGUUCUGGAUCUGGAGUCAGGAUAACAAGGUGUUCUCGUGCCUGAUGGCGUUCUUCCUCUGCAACAUGAUGGAGACUCACUUCCUGUCCACAGGAGCCUUCGAGGUCACGCUGAAUGACGUCCCUGUCUGGUCGAAGCUUCAGUCCGGUUACGUCCCAAACAUCCAGGAGAUUUUCCAGAUCCUCGACACACACCUGAAGAUGAACCAGGAACCACUGAGGGUCCCCUCCCCUUAGAGACCAGGUAUCCCAGGUGUUGUGUUCAGGCGUUUAUGAAGGUCUGGCCUUAAAGCUCUCUGCGGGCCCGACCGGAUGUCCCGCCUCAGAACCCAGCUUCCCUGGUCCCUGCUCAUCACUACAUUAUCCAGAAGGCACCUGUCAGCCGAAUCAGCCUGACUGCUAUGCCCCCCCUUCAGUUGUAUUUAUUUAGCUGGAGGUUCUUUCAGAAUAAAAGCACGGUACCACUGUUAGCUUCACGCAACCUGGAAAGGUGUGUGUGUGUGUCUGUGUGUGUGUGUGUGAUCAUGCUGAAUCAUUAUUGACCUGGAUGUUGUUCACACAUCAAUAAAACCAUUCAGGAAAUGA